AUGCAGGUUCCCAUCUCGUUUCUGCUCCCCAUGGCCUUUCUCCUGCCCCCUGGGACUAGGGCUGGGCACAUUUUCGGGGGCCGGGAAGCUGAGCCCCACUCCAGACCCUACAUGGCCUACCUCAAAAGGAAAUUCGAAGGCGAGAACACUUUCUGCGGCGGGUUCCUGGUGGCGGAGAACUUUGUGCUGACGGCCGCUCACUGCCAGGCAGACAACACCUUGGUUCUCCUGGGAGCCCACAACAUCCGCCAGUCGGAAAAGAGUCAGCAGCUGAUUCCUGUGCAGAGCUCGUACCCCCACGAGGACUACGACGAGGAAUCCCUUAAUAAUGACAUCAUGCUGCUGCAGCUUUCCCGGAACGUGACGCAGGAUGAAAACGUGGCUCCCAUCGGCCUGCCCGAUGCCGCUGAGGACGUUGAGCCAGGGACCCGGUGCAGCGUAGCCGGCUGGGGCAGCCUCAGCACCGACGGGAAGCUGCUCCCCAUAGCGCUACGGGAGGUGAACGUGGUGGUGAUUCCCGAUGACGCCUGCCCGACCGACCCCUAUGGGCCCUACCACUACUAUAAUCAUCGCACCAUGAUGUGCGUGGGCAACCCUGCAGAGUUUUACGACUCUGCCAAGGGCGACUCCGGGGGCCCCCUGGUGUGCGGGGGAACAGCCCAGGGCAUCGUCUCCUGGGGGAACGAGAAAGCUCCCGGCGUCUACACGAAAAUCUCCGCCUUCCUCCCCUGGAUAAACAGCACGAUGAAGAAGCUGCAGGAUGGAGCCGGGCCGUGA